AUGGAGACCUACACGUGGAUUGCUGCGGCACUGCUACUGCUGCCGAUGGACUGGGCACUUCACCUCAUGCUGCCUCAGAUUCUGCUUAUGCUCUUGCCCAUUGGGCCGUCCUUGCUCCGGGUCUGGGGGGCCGGUCUGGGUCGCUGGGGGAUGUUAUGGUUGGGGUUGCGUUGGACCACCAGCUGGGAAGGGGCCAACUCUAACAGCUGGAGGGCUGAGCUGGGGUCCCUAGCAGCGGCGCUGGGGUUGGCCCUGCCCGGGCUCGCCUCGUUCAAGGCUCUAGGAGGGAGGGAGGUUCCCAAGGGUGGAGGCGAGACCCGGCUGCUGCACUGGGGGAGCCGGCUAGACGCUUUCGCUCUCAGCUACGCAACGGCGCUGCCAGCGGUGAUCCUAUGGCACAAAUUUGGAAACCUUUGGGUGCCAGGGGGUCCGCUGGGCUCUGGAUCCAUCAUGCACCGGCUGCUAGGCUUCCUGGGUCCAAAACUGCGUCGCUUCCCGCUAGUGAUGUUCUUCCUCCUAUUGUCUUGCCUAGGAGAGAUGGCUAUCCCAUUCUUCACUGGUCAUCUCACAGACUGGAUCCUGCAGGAUGAAGCAGUUGCUACCUUCACAAGCAACAUCGCCUUCAUGUCGAUAUUCACCAUAGCCAGUGCUUUGUUAGAGUUCUUGGGUGAUGGAAUUUAUAAUCACACAAUGGGCCAAGCACACAGCAACCUGCAGGGACAAGUGUUCCGGGCUGUCCUGAGCCAAGAGACUGAUUUUUUUCAACAGAACCAAACAGGUGCUAUUACCUCUCGUGUGACAGAGGAUACAGCUACGUUGAGUGAGUCCCUGAGAGAUAAGCUAAGCUUGCUGCUGUGGUACUUUUUUAGAGGACUGUGUUUGCUGGCAUUUAUGCUCUGGGGGUCCCUGACUCUCACUCUGGUCACACUGAUCGCUCUGCCAGUGCUCUUCUUCCUGCCCAAGAAGCUGGGAAAGUGGCAACAGGCACUAGCAGAACAAGUGCAAUCAUCCCUGGCAGAGUCAAGCCAGGUGGCUGUGGAGGCACUCUCUGCUAUGCCCACAGUGAGAAGCUUUGCCAAUGAAGAAGGAGAGGAACGGAGAUUUGCCCAUCAGCUCCAGAAGACACAGAAACUUAACCAGAAGGAGGCACUGGCCUAUACUUUUAAUAUGUGGGCCACUAACCUUUUAGGACUGCUGCUGAAGAUCCAGUUUACCACUGCUGUUGAGGUAUUGCUCUCCACAAUUCCCAAUGUACAGAAGGCCGUGGGAUCCUCAGAGAAGAUCUUUGAGUACUUAGACCGGAUACCCCAAUGCCCUUCCAGUGGUCCCUUGGCACCCUCUACCCUGAAUGGCUGUGUAGAGUUCCAAGAUGUUUUCUUUGCUUACCCCAGCCGACCAGAUGUCUUGGUCCUAAAGGGAGUCACAUUCACUUUGCAUCCUGGGCAAGUGCUAGGCCUAGUGGGGCCCAAUGGAGCUGGAAAGAGCUCAGUGGCUGCUUUGCUGCAGAAUCUGUAUCAGCCUACAAGGGGGCAGCUGCUGCUGGAUGGGGAGCCACUGCCCCAGUACCAGCACAGAUACCUACACUCACAGGUGGUUGCAGUGUCACAAGAACCACAGCUGUUUGGAAGGAGUCUAUAUGAAAACAUAGCCUAUGGAUUGGACCAGAAGCCAGAGCUGGAGGAGAUCAAGGAGGCUGCCCAGAAGGCUGGAGCUCACAGUUUCAUCUCUCAGUUGCCUCAGGGGUACUACACAGAUAUAGGAGAAUCUGGGAGCCAGCUGUCAGGUGGUCAGAGGCAGGCAGUGGCCCUGGCCCGGGCUCUCAUUCGGAACCCCCGGGUCCUCAUCUUAGAUGAUGCCACCAGUGCCCUGGACACAGACAACCAGUUAUGGGUGGAGCAGCUCCUAUAUGAAGCCCCCAGGAAGACCUCUCAGGCAGUGCUCCUUAUCACCCAGCGUCUCAGCUUUGUGGAAAAGGCUGACUAUGUACUCUUCCUAGAGGAUGGGGCUAUUCAAGAGAGUGGGACCCAUAGGCAACUCAUGGAGAAGAGGGGUCGAUAUUGGACCAUGGUGGAGACCACAGGUGGAAAUUCAGCUCAGGAAUAAGAGACAUAAUCCCCAUUGAGGGGGAAGCCACCAAUCUCUCAUUUCCUGAAAAUGGAGGAACAGAGGAAGAAUGUCAGUCUUCUUUUUGCCUUAUUAUGUAAUUUAUCAAUUCCAAUAGUGUUUUUCAAAACAAAAUUACAUUCUUACUAAUUAUGUUCUCUGUUAUCAACAUUAAUUCCUUUGGGUUAAGGUUUUCUUUCUCAGAUUCCUCUUUUAAAUUGCAAAAACUAGUGGAAGGGAAGCCAAAGAAGCCUUUAAUGGGAACAACUUAGUGGGAAUUUAUUCAUUCUUUCAAUAAGCAUUUAUUAAGCAUCUACUAUGUACCAUCUUUGUUCUAGGCACUAGAGAUAUGAAGAUGAAGCUAAAUAGUCCUCAUCACCAAGGAGAUAAUGUUUUAUUAGCAGCUAGUUCUAGAGUUUGUAAAGAACAGAUAAUAGCAGUAGAUGUAACUCACAAUUUAUACAGCCAGAGCUUUAACAGAGCUGUGAAUUGAAGGGCACUGAAAAUGAGAGAAAAAUGUACCAAAGAGGUUACUUGAGUGUUUCCAUAUACAGUGGUGCUAAGGACACUGGGGGGUCAAUUCUCUCUUUAGCUGGCACAAAAGUAUUCUGGAAAUGUUUGGUGUUUAUAAUAAACUGGGUAUUUUUUAAAAA